UAAUCCGCGUUGACAUCGCAGUCUUCCUCUGCAACCUACUUUUCAGUCUCACGCAUUUUAAGAUUUAGUGUCUCACCCAGCACUUCUGUCUGAACAUCAGCAGCCCUCGGAAUACAUUUCACCACAAUGACAGAUUCCUUUGUCAUCCCAAAGGACUGAUGUGUAUACAGAAGAACACAGCGAUAGAUUGGAAAAUCCGUACCUUAACUUGGGAGCAAAAACCCUCCUAAUUGAAGGUGACAUUGCCAUCCCUCCUGGAAGGAAUGCACUCAUUAACACUACGUUCAGAUGGAAGUUUCCAAUACCUUAUAUUCUGGCUGAUAGCCUUGAUCUUAAUGCCAAGGGAGCCAUUUUCCAGGCUUUUGAAAUGUACCGUCUUAAGUCUUGUGUUGAUUUUAAGCCAUAUGAAGGAGAGAAGACAUACAUCAGAUUUGAAAAAUUAGAUGGGUGCUGGUCUAUGGUGGGAGAUCAGCAGACUGGCCAGACACUGUCUUUAGGAGAGGGAUGUGAUCACAAGGCCGUGAUUGAGCAUGAGUUGCUGCAUGCGGUGGGCUUCUACCACGAACAGUCCCGCAGUGAUCGUGAUGACUACGUGGACAUUUGGCUGGACGAGGUGCUUCCAGGCAUGGGACACAAUUUUAAUAAAUACGACGACAGCUUUGUCACUGACCAGAACACCCCUUAUGACUACGAGUCCAUCAUGCAUUACCGUCCAUAUUCCUUUAACAAGAACCCAAGCGUCCCAACUAUUACAACCAAGAUCCCUGAGUUUAACAACAUCAUUGGCCAGUACCUGGACUUCAGUGCCCUCGAUGUUCUGAGGCUGAACCGAAUGUAUAAUUGCUCAUCUUCUCUUACACUGCUCGACCAGUGUGCUUUUGAGUACAUCAGCAUCUGUGGGAUGAUCCAGCUGCAGGCUGACAAUGGGGGCUGGGUCCACACCUUGGGUUCUGUGGGGAAAGAUGACCACACCCUGAACGCACGUUGCAGAGAUGCAGGCUAUUUCAUGUAUUUUGACACUAGCCUGGGAGCGGCCGAGGAGUCCGCACUUCUCGAGUCUCGGACUCUGUACCCAAAGAGAAACCUGCAGUGUCUGCAAUUCUUCUACAAGAUGACUGGGAGUACUAAGGACAGGCUUGUGGUCUGGGUGAAAAUGGAUGAUGGCACAGGGACGGUUCGAAAGCUGAGGAAAAUACGUACAUUUUUUGGAGUUGAUGCCCAAGACUGGAAGAUUGCACUUGUGCCCCUAGAGGUUAGCGUGAAAUUCCGUUACGCCUUCCAAGGAGUCCGGGGCGACCCUGGCCAAUCCCGUGGUGGGAUUUCCAUCGAUGACAUCAGCCUGACCGAAACACGCUGCCCCAGUGGGGUCUGGCAGAUUCCAAACAUCACUAAACUGUUGGAGACUUCAGACAACAAGACGUUUUUAAUGAGUCCGCGCUUCUAUAGCCCUGAGGGCUAUGGCUAUGGGGUCAAAAUGCAACCAAGGUCCAACCAUCAAGAUUACACAGGAGACUUCACUGGCCUCUUCUUUCACCUGGCUAGUGGUGUAAACGAUGGCGCCCUCCAGUGGCCGGUGCUGAACAGGCAGGCCACCAUCACAGUGCUGGACCAGGACCCUGACAUGAAACUCAGAAUGUCAUCCGCUCGCAGCUUAACCACGGAUACGAGGCAGAUUUCAGAGGGCAAGCUGUUCUGGGACCACCCUUCCAAAACCGGCACGUAUGACGCGUCAUGUGACUGUUAUAGAGGAAGUGCUUGGGGCUGGCAGUCGUUCAUUCGUCACUAUGACCUGCGCCGGCGGAGCUACACAAAGAACGACAACCUCAUCAUUUUCAUUGACUUUGAAGAUAUAACAAGCCUUGUUAAAACCGAAGUGCCUGUUGAACCAACGGAGUGAUUUUGGCAGAAUGAUCAUGAUAACAACUUAAAAGGCAACUCCUGAAGAGACUUUCACAAGAAAAACAGGAAAACCUUAAACUCCAAUAGGAACAAAAAUAUAUGAUAGAAAUAAAUAUUUAUUGAUUUUAUAAAUAAUAUAAUUACAUGGCAGACACUUUACCUCUUUUCCUUUUUAGUCAACAAAUUAAUAUACACAAUUUAAAGUCUCUACUUUAACAUUUACAAGCCGCCACAGUUUUGUCUUUGUUACUAUCACAUUUUUGCUCUGUAGACGAUGUCAGCAACAGCAGAACGUUCUUGUCCACAACAUGUCAAUAAAGAGUGAAAACAGAUUCAGAAA